CGGAAUGCGCCGUACCCUGUUAGAUGCGCAUGCGCACUCUGCUGCUGUUGUGUGACGGGAAACAGUCGGUUUUACCUUCAGCGCUUUACUGACUGAGCUGACCAGUUGUGCCAAGAUGUUCCUAGCCAAGAGACUCAUUGGAGGCAUUCUUGAUGUGGUCAGCAACAUCGACCCUGGCCAGUUUGUGCCAUCAGAGCCUCCCCCACCCCGCAGACCACUGGCUUAUGCUGAGAGCAACGAAUCUGAGGAAGAGAAACAGUUUCGCAAAGUAUUCCAGCAGCUAGCUGGCGAAGACAUGGAAGUAAGCCCCACUGAACUCAUGAACAUCCUCAACAAAAUAAUCUCCAAACAUUCUGAUCUGAAGACAGACGGCUUUAGCAUUGAGUCCUGCAGAAGUAUGGUGGCAGUCAUGGAUAGUGACAGCACAGGUAAACUGGGCUUUCAUGAGUUUAAACACCUCUGGAACAACAUCAAGAAGUGGCAAGGAGUGUAUAAAAGUUAUGACAGGGAUGGCUCAGGAACUAUUGGAGCAGAUGAGCUUCCAGCUGCCUUUAACGCUGCAGGUUUCCCUCUGAAUGAUCAGCUCUUUCAGAUGAUUAUUCGCAGGUACAGCGAUGAGAGUGGAAACAUGGACUUUGACAAUUACAUUGGCUGCCUUGUGAGACUUGAUGCCAUGUGCCGUGCCUUCAAGACUCUUGACAAGGACAACAAUGGCACAAUCAAAGUCAAUGUACAGGAGUGGCUGCAGCUGACCAUGUACUCUUGAGCAAUGUGAACUCCUGGAAUGCUGUCGAAACUAUCAGUUCUACGCUUGUAUGCAAUAAUGAUUAUGUGCUUUGCACAGCUCCUUCUUUUGUUUCUCACACAGUAUAGCACUAAUUCUAGCUAGCAUGGAGCUGGAGUUUAUAUGGGUCACUUGACUGUGACAUUUUCUUUGUUUCACUUUCACUUCGUGUCCACCCCCAAGUUAGUGCCAUUUCUGCACGAAUCCAAGGCUAAAUAAGGGAGAUGAAUUAAUCCCACAAAUAAAGAGAUGUGUGAGAAUCCAGUGUCAAAUACAAUUUUAUACUGAAUUAAAAAAAGAUGAAAAGGU